AUGGGAAAUUGUAUUCAGAAGUGUCUUCAACAACCCGACGAACCAGUUGGCAUUGCUCAACCUCCCACAGGGCUCAAUGAGAUCGAAAUUUCUCAUCCCCAGAAAGUUUCUAAAACUCUUCGAGACAAGAAUUUAUCUUCUUUACAUACAAAGAAAGGUGGAGUCUAUGAGAUCCGCUUCCCCAAUCAAGGGAAAUCUUCUAAACCACUUGGGAAGACAUCUUCAUCAAUCUCUUUAAACACACGGGAUGAAAGAAUCAAUGGAAUUCAAAUCUCUCAUCCUGGGGAAACUUCAAAACCAGUACUGCAGGAGAGAAAUUCGUUGGUUCCUUCAAAUACCAAGAAAGGAGUCGAUGAGAUUCAAAUUUCUCAUUCUGGACCGGCUUCUUUGAAUAUACGAAAAGAUGAGAGAUAUGGCACUUAUGAUUCCUUGAAGAUGAGCAUGAAAGCUGAUCAGGUGCUUCAGUCCUAUAAGCUCAACUUCUUUUGCUAUAAUACUCUGAAGAUUGCCACCCAGAGAUUCAGUGAUAAGAAUCUACUAGGCCGAGGUGGCUGCGGCGAGGUAUAUAAAGGAUGGAUCCAUUAUUGCACCAUGAAUGCUGCAAAACCAGGCGAUGGAUACCCAAUUGCAGUAAAGAAGCUCAGAAAGGAAGGAGCUCAAGGCCAAGAGGAAUGGGAGAAAGGGAUACAGAGCUAAAUUGGAGAAGGAGAAUAAAAAUUGCUGUUGGAUCAGCCAAGGGAUUGGAGUAUCUUCACAGUUCUGGAAGGCCAAUCAUUCAUCGCGAUAUUAAGCCGACCAAUAUUCUUCUUGAUAAUGACUUCACUCCCAAGAUUUCAGAUCUCGGAAUAGCUAAGUUUGGCCCCCAAGGUGACAAGACACACAUCUCUACCAGGAUCCUUGGCACUCGAGGCUACUACGCUCCCGAGUACAUAGCAACAGGCCAUUUAACACUAAAAAG